GGCGAAGAGGGGCACUCGAUCCAGAUUCUCGAACCAAACCUCUUCCUGGCCAUCGCCAUCGCCAUCUCGCUCCAUCCCUAAAACCCUAAGGGCAUUUUGGCGGGCAACGCAUAUUCGCCUAAAGAAAUAUGCCCUUUUUGUCGCUCGCGGUGUCAAUAUGCUGUAAGAAAGAAGGGGAGAGAGAAAGAGCUAUGGUGGCAAUCCCUUGGUUUUUUUUCUUCUAUUCUCUUCCUUUUUCUUGUUAGGGUUUGCCACUCGUCCUAGGGCUCGCGCCGCGUGGGCGGCGCCACGAGGAAGACCAAGACUCGUCCACCGCGAAGAAUGCGACCGAGGAUUCCUCGAUCUUUGUCCCGGUUUGUGUAGAUUAGAUGCAAGGAUGCGCUGCGCCGCUCUCGGCAAUGGAUUUCAUGCCGCCAUCGGCUGCUGCUGGCAGCCGGAUAGAGGCGGCGGCGUGGAAUCGCCGGGUAGCCGUCCAAAAUCGGGCGCAUUGGAGGCGAAAUAUCUCACAGCGGUGGAGAUUUCUAGAGAAGGAUUGUGUUCUUGGGGCUAGGAAGUGGCUGAAUGGAGGGAGCUGGACAGGAGGAAGAAAUGGGAGGAUGGAAUCGAUGUUUCAAUGUCGAUUCCAAGGGAGGACGACCCAGCGUACGGCGGAUAAGAAAGGAAAGCUUCUGGAUAGUGACGAGCCAAUCUCGCUUCCAGUGGCACUCCUCUCGGUUCCACUGGGACUCGAGGCUGGUUCGUGGAUUACGUCCGAGGUGGUCUCCAGCUACAUGUGGUUUAAAGUGGUUCUCCGGCACGUCUUUCCACUCGCCAUGACCAUGGGAGCUCUCGAAAACUCUUCCGAGCUUCUGGAGCUUUCGUUGGAUUCAUCCCUUGGCCGAAUGGUGCUGUGGAAGAAGCGCCAGAGCAUCAAAGCUAGACAGAGGAGGAGGUCCUACGGUGCAGCCGCGGAGCCUGUUCCAGCCGAGAAGAAGAUUGCCGGUUACUUGCCCGUGAUGUCCAGUGCUUCCUCGUACGUCUGGUGUCCGCCGUCGCAGCAGCUCUUACUUCCAGCUCCACCGACAUGGUCACUUCUAGUGGCCAUCGAGUCUCUGUCCAGCGAGCUCGACUGCUACGUCUCUCGUUUCAAGUCCGGCAUGAAAGCUCCGGACUGGUGGGAUGACAUGGGUGAAACUUACGGAGUUUCGUUACUCGUGCUCAUCGGCAUGGGUUACUGGGUGCAAGGAUUUCGAUGCUUCCCUUGGCUGGGGAUGAACUAUUACUUCAAGGACGGACUCCAGCUCGACCCGCUAACUCUCCAGUUUCUACAAAAUACCGUCAACCUCCCGUAUCUCGCCAAGCCAAUCUACGGCAUUAUCUCUGACUCGGUCUACAUUCACGGUGCUCAUCGCGUGCCUUACAUUAUCAUUGCAGGAAUAUGUCAAGUGAUGUCAUGGGGAACAAUCAUAGCAGUGCCAGGGGCUAGAAGGUCUGCCGGAAUGCUCACAGCGUUUUUAACGUUUGGCAACUUCGGUGCUGCGGUAGCCGAUGUAGCCAACGACGCUCUCGUUGCCGAAGCUGGGAAGAAGAAAGGCUGCACUGGUGGACAGCUCCAGUCUUUCGCGUGGCUAGCUUCAGCAGCGGGUGGUCUCCUGGGGAACCUCUUGUCCGGCCUUGCUCUCAGCGGCAUGGACUUCGAGAGCAUGUUCACGAUCUUCGUCAUGUUCCUCGUGUGCCAUCUCGCCAUCGCCUUCAUGGUCAGCGAGCAAUCCUUCGGGCAGCGGAAGAGAGACGCCGGCAAAGGCAAGGUGGUCGCCUUCCCAGGAGGACCAAAGCUCGGGAAUCUCAUGAAGGGAGCAAAGGCCCGGGAGAUGCAAGUUAAAGCUUACAGGAGCAACAAAGAGCUGCUCAAGAGCCAGGACGAGGACAAGAUAACCGAGAGCCGCGAGCCAAAGGCCGUCGACAUCCCCAGGCAGGUAUCAAAACUCUUCGGCCUCGUCAAGUCGCCCGAGAUCCUCCUGCCGCUGCUCUGGUUCAUGGGAUCCUACGCAGUCAUCCCGACGCUCUCGGGGACCAUCUUCUACUAUCAGUCACAGGCGCUCAAGAUCAACCCGGUCUACCUCGGCGUGGCCAAGAUGCUGGGCCAGGCGGGGCUCCUCGCCGGAAGCAUGCUCUACGAGAGAUACUUGAAGCCGGUUCCACUGCGAAGGCUGGUCGGCUGCGUCCAAAUCCUCCUCUCGGUGUGCAUGCUAGCGGACAUCGGGCUCGUCAACCGGAUCAAUCUCCAGCUUGGCAUCCCGGACCAUUUCUACAUUCUCGGGGCCUCGGCGUUCGUGGAAGCCAUCGGCCAGUUCAAGAUACUACCAUUCAUGGUUUUUUUCGCAAAGCUUUGCCCGGCGGGGUGCGAGGGAUCGCUGCUGGCCUUCUUCAUGUCGUGCCAGUGCCUGUCGUGCAUCGUGAGCGGCUAUCUUGGGGUGGCUCUGGCAUCGUUCCUGGCGAUCAGUGCCAGCGAUUUCACGCAGCUGGGGGUUGGGAUUGUGGUGCAAGCGCUGGCGGCGCUGGUGCCACUGCUGGGAUUAAGUUUGCUGCCGGGUGGAGAGAUGGAAGACGAGGAAGAAGAAGAACAAGAGAAUGGUGCUGCUAAAGUAGAAAAGGUUAUGUGAGAAAUUUUGCAUUGUUGUAAUAUAUUUAUAUCAAAUCAACAGGUUAACAUAUUGAUCU